GACGUCACUUGCCCGCCGCUCGGCCGCCUGAAAGGAUGGUCCGGCCAGGACGACUCCGCGAGUCUUCGCUUGCUCAGUCAUCGGAGCUCGGCAGCGGUGGCGCUGCUGCGUUUCGCGUUCCCCGGUCCGAUCUGCUUAACUGAUGCUGCUGAAUGAAGAUGCCGAAGGUGUCGGCGACGGCAUUUCUCUGUUCGGACGACACGGAACGGCGAGCGAAUUAGAAAGCGGAGCUUCGGCGAGUCCGACGGCUGCGUGUUCGUGUGGAGGCGCGCGCGCGACGCUGGCGUGUGUAAAUGGCAACGCGGUGCACAUCCGGGCCACAAUGUCGUGACUCCAUUACUGUUUAUUCACGGUGAAACUGGCGAAAGACCUACUUACGGGAUCAUAUUGAUAAUAUUCUGCGGCCGCACGUCAAACUGGAAAACGAAGGGACAUGUCUAAUCAGGGGGUUAGGAGAAACGGACCGGUAAAAUUGCGGCUAACAGUCCUUUGUGCGAAAAACCUGGUGAAGAAAGACUUCUUUCGUCUCCCGGACCCCUUUGCCAAGGUGGUGGUGGAUGGAUCAGGUCAGUGUCAUUCCACUGACACUGUGAGGAACACCCUGGACCCAAAGUGGAACCAGCACUAUGACCUGUACAUCGGCAAGUCCGACUCCAUCACCAUCAGCGUGUGGAACCACAAGAAGAUCCACAAGAAGCAGGGCGCCGGUUUCCUGGGCUGCGUCAGGCUCCUGUCCAACACCAUCAGCCGGCUGAAAGACACUGGCUACCAGCGAUUGGACCUCAACAAGCUGGGUCCCAAUGACAGCGACACAGUGAGGGGCCAGAUUGUGGUGAGCCUGCAGUCUCGGGAUUGCAUCGGCUCGGGGGGGUCCGUGGUGGACUGCAGCCGCUUGUUCGACAACGAUCUACCUGACGGCUGGGAGGAGCGGAGGACAGCCAGUGGCAGAAUCCAGUAUCUGAAUCACAUCACGCGCAGCACGCAGUGGGAACGGCCCACCAGGCCGGCCUCGGAGUACUCCAGCCCAGUCAGGCCCCUCAGCUGCCUGCUGGACGAGAACACGCCGGUGUCUGAGGCCAACGGCGCCACCUGCAGUCCGGUGGGGGACCCGCGGGUGCAGGAGAGGCGCGUAAGAUCCCAGCGGCACAGGAAUUACAUGAGCCGCACACACCUGCACACGCACCCUGAGCUCCCCGAGGGCUACGAGCAGAGGACCACGCAGCAGGGCCAGGUGUACUUCCUACACACGCAGACGGGCGUCAGCACGUGGCAUGACCCCAGGGUGCCCAGGGACCUCAGCAACGUGAACUGCGAAGAGCUGGGCCCGCUGCCGCCCGGCUGGGAGAUCCGUAACACGGCCACCGGCCGCGUUUACUUCGUGGACCACAACAAUCGCACCACGCAGUUCACGGACCCCCGGCUCUCUGCCAACCUGCACAGGGUGCUCAGUCCGAGUCCCACCAGCUGCCGGGCCGCCAUCGAGAGCCAGAACAGCAACGUCAGCCGCUACAGCCAGCAGCCGGAGCGCCCCCACCCGGUUUUGGGCCUGGAGGAGGCAGACUGCCUGCCGGUGCCCCGGUACAAGCGGGACCUCGUGCAGAAGCUGAAGAGCCUCCGGCAGGAGCUGGCGCAGCAGCAGCCGCAGGCGGGACACUGCCGCAUCGAGGUGUCCCGCGAGGAGAUCUUUGAGGAGUCGUACCGGCAGGUGAUGAAGAUGAGGCCGAAGGAUUUGUGGAAGCGGCUGAUGUUGAAGUUCAGAGGAGAGGAAGGCCUUGAUUACGGCGGGGUGGCUCGGGAGUGGCUGUACCUACUGUCCCAUGAGAUGCUGAAUCCGUACUAUGGGCUGUUCCAGUAUUCGCGCGAUGACAUCUAUACUCUGCAGAUCAACCCUGACUCGGCUGUGAACCCGGAGCAUCUGUCCUACUUCCACUUCGUGGGGAGGAUCAUGGGUGUAGCCGUGUUUCACGGCCACUAUAUCGACGGUGGCUUCACGCUGCCCUUCUACAAGCAGCUUCUGGGAAAGCCCAUUACCCUGGAUGACAUGGAGUCUGUGGACCCGGACCUGCACAACAGCCUGGUGUGGAUCCUUGACAAUGACAUCACAGGCGUGCUGGACCACACCUUCUGCGUGGAGCAUAGCGCUUACGGCCAGAUCGUGCAGCAUGAGCUGAAGCCCAACGGAAAGAGCAUCCCCGUCAACGAGGAGAAUAAGAAGGAGUAUGUGAGGCUCUACGUCAGCUGGAGGUUUCUGCGCGGCAUUGAGGCUCAGUUCCUGGCCUUGCAGAAAGGCUUCCAUGAGGUCAUCCCCCAGCAUCUGCUGAAGCCCUUCGACGAGAAGGAGCUGGAGCUGAUUGUCUGCGGUCUGGGCAAGAUCGAUGUCAGCGACUGGAAGGCCAACACGCGGCUGAAGCACUGCACGGCCGAAAGCAACAUCGUGCGCUGGUUCUGGCGCGCCAUCGAGUCUUAUGAUGAAGAGAGGCGGGCUCGCCUGCUGCAGUUUGUCACCGGCUCGUCACGGGUCCCGCUGCAGGGCUUCAAGGCUCUGCAAGGUGUGUGGGCGGUUUUGUAAAUAUGCUGUGGGGACCAGGUUUCCCCCAGAUGUGAUAAAAACUAACUUUCUUCCUUGUGGGGACGUUUUUCCGGUCCCCGCAAAGACAACCUGAAGUUUUAUAAGAAUCUGUGAAUGCCAUCAAAAAGCUAAAAUAGCUAAAGUCUUGUAUUUUGUUUGGUUA